ACUUGGAAGAAGUCGCUGAUGAAUAUUGGAAGAGUGAGAAAAUCCAAAAUGAAAACGAAACUCUUUGUCUUUUUUAAUUUGUUUCUCCUGGACAAACCGUCAACGCCUAAUUUUGCGUGGAAGUCCUUAAGAUACUCAAAUGAAGGCUCAAUCUGGUCACCUGGUCCGCCAAGACAUCGCAGCCGAUUAGAAUUUGCACCACGACAACGCCACGGCUCACACCGACUUUCUUGUGAACAGCUACCUAACAAAGGUCGGCAUCCCAACGCUUCCGCAGCUGCCCUACAGUCCAGAUGUGAGAUCAGACCACUGCCUUUUUCAUUUUGCAAUACACAAAUCAAGCACCAAUGAAAAAAAAAAAUUAAAAUUUAAAUUAUGCAAAAGUCAUCUCGCUUCAGUGAGGAUUUGCGGUGAUAAAGCAUAUAAUAUUAGAAGGCCAAUGUACGAUUCAGACAAGGUCCGCACUGAUAUAAAUCUUCUAUCAUGGUAUUUAAGAAAUCCUCAUGGAAAAGGUGACAAAAAACAUAAGGAGAAUUAUUCCGAGAAAGCAGAUCCUGACUUAGACCCGUAUCGUCCGUCUCGUAAAUUUUCUGCACCUCCAUCAUUAGAUGACCCCGUUGGAGAAGAAACCAAAGAAAAACAACGUCUUCGACAUGAACGCCUAAUGACUGUCAGUGAGGAGGUUUUAGACGAAAUUCAGUUAGAAAAAAAGAAAGCUCUUAUUACGGAUGAGUUAAAGGAACGAGAACAAAAAACUCUAGGAGAGAGUAUUAACAAAAAGUCUAAGGAAAAUACUAAGAAGAAAGAAGAUGCUCUUAAAGCCGAGGAAGCCCGAUUAGCUAAGGAAGAUACUAAGAAGAAAGAAGAUGCUCUUAAAGCCGAGGAAGCCCGAUUAGCUGAAGAAGCACGAUUAUCUGAAGAAGCACGAUUAUCUGAAAAAGCGCGUUUGGCUGAAGAAGCACUAUUAGCUGAAGAAGCUCGAUUGGCUGCAGAAAUACGAUUAGCUGAAGAAACGCGAUUAGCUGAAGAAGCACGAUUAACUGAAGAAGCAAGAUUAGCUGAAGAAGCACGAUUAGCUGAAGAAGCACGAUUAGCUGAAGAUGCACGAUUAGCUGAAGAAACGCGUUUGAAGAAAGCUGAAGAAGAUAGGUUAGCUGAGGAAGCAUUCCUAGCAGAAGAAGUGGCUCGAAAAGCCGAAGAAGUUCGCUUAGAAGAAGAAAAACGACAUCGUGAGGAAGAAAUGAUCCGUCUAGCAGAAAUCGAAAAGCAAGCCGACGAGGAACAAGAGAGAGAGUUGGCUCGUCAGGCAGCAGAACUAGCUGAAAUAGCGCGCCAAGAAGCAGAACUUGCAGCACAAGAAUUGCAUGUCAUGCAACAAACUGAUCAAAUUAAUUCGCAAGACUUAAGUGAUACAACCAAAGUUGGAGUUGAACCCAUUAUUGAACAGCCGCUCACUCCUGUCGAAGAAUAUCGUGGAGAACCUAUUAUUGAAUUGUCGACUCGGAUUGAUGAACUUUCUGAUACUGAAGCCGCUUCCGAAGACGAGGACAAUGAUGUUGAAGAUGUGUGAAAUGGCUCAAACAAUACAAACUUACAAAUAGAAAGAUAAAAUUUUAAUGAAACUGUGUUCAAUAUAACAAUUCUGCUGAAUUUUUGUAACAGACUUUUUACAAUACAUUUCUCCCUUUUUGUACUACAUACUAAAUUAGUUCCUUAAAAAAUUGCCUUUGUUUUCAAAUUAAC